UUUGGGGGGGGCGGGGGGGGGGGGUGACUGGGUCUGGAUGAGGAUCUGGAUCCACGUCCUUGGCUCUGUGCGCGGUAUGAACGCAGCCUCCAUCGGUGCCUUCGUGCGUGAUUUUUUCCUCUUCGUGACUCGGAACAGAAAGUCCAGCAGAGGAGGUCCUGGUCCGGUCUGGAUGUGACCGCCUUCAGUGCGCUUUGGGAGAGUUUUUUUUUUUUUUUUUUUCUUUCCACUUUGUGACGCGAUGGUCACCUUCCUGAACGUUUUGCUCUGGAUGCUUUUGUGGGCUCCGAACCUGCGAUGUGACGGUGAUCCUGGACUGUCAGUGGACACAGACGGUUUGGCCGAAGCUCAGAGUGGAGCCGCACCUACAGCUGAAGGGUAUUUCCUGGAGUUCCAGGAGCCAGUCAACAACAUCACCCACUUCCAGGGCCAGACUGCCACACUGCAUUGCAAAGUAGCAGGGAACCCACGACCAUCGAUUCGCUGGCUCAAGAACGAUGCCCCAGUCGUCCAGGAGCAAGGCCGGAUCACCAUCCGCAAAACGGAGGCAGGUUCUAAGCUCCGCAUCCAGGACCUGGACACUACAGACACCGGCUAUUACCAGUGUGUCGCGUCCAACUCCGUCAAAGUCAUCACUGCAACAGGCGUGCUUUACGUCAAACUAGGACAGAUGCCCACACAUGGUCCAGACGAAACGUCCAGUGAAAAAGGUUUCUGUCAGCCGUACCGAGGCAUCGCCUGCGCUCGCUUCAUUGGCAACCAGAGUAUAUAUGUUGAGUCUUUGCAGAUGCAGGGAGAAAGUGAGAACCGUAUCACAGCUGCCUUUACUAUGAUCGGCACCUCCACCCACUUGUCGGACCAGUGCUCCAGAUUUGCUAUACCAUCCUUCUGCCACUAUGUCUUCCCACUGUGUGACGAGGGUUUUCGAGGUCCUCGACGGCGUCAGCUCUGUCGAGACGAGUGCGAGGCCCUGGAGAAUGACUUGUGCCUAACUGAGUACACCAUCGCCCGAGCCAAUCCCAUGAUCCUCAUGCAGCUGGAGCUUCCCAGCUGCCACCUGCUGCCUCGGCCAGGCUCAAGUGAUGCUGCUUCCUGUAUGAGGAUUGGAGUUCCAGCAGAAAAGCUGGGUCCAUAUUCACCAUCGGAGCAAACCUGCUACAAUGGAAGUGGGGCUGACUACCGCGGCACGGUUAGCGUCACUAGAUCUGGACAUCACUGUCAGCCGUGGAGUGCUCAGUACCCUCACAGUCACCACCUUUCUCAGGAACACCCAGAGAUAUGGGGAAACCACAACUUCUGCCGUAAUCCAGGUGGCCAGAUGGAGGCGCCGUGGUGCUUCACCAUGGACCCGCAGGUCAGGGUCAGCCUGUGUGACAUCCAGCCCUGCAAGCCUCCAGACAACCCCAAAAAGGAGAUCCUGUUAAUUUUAAUCCCUGCCCUUGCCAUCCCACUGGUCAUCGCCUGCCUCUUCUUUCUGGUUUGCAUGUGUCGUAAUAAGCAAAAGACAUCAACUGACACGCCGCCUCACUGCCAGAUCACAGGGUCCCCAAACCAGGAUGUGGAGCUUUCUUUACUCAGCCAACAGAAGCAGCAGGCGAAGGUGCGGGAGAUCAACAUGUCAGCAGUGCGGUUUAUGGAGGAGCUUGGCGAGGAUCGUUUUGGAAAGGUUUACAAGGGCCACCUGUAUGGUACUGCACCUGGUGAGCAGAGCCAGGUGGUGGCCAUCAAAACAUUAAAAGACAAAGUCGACUCCUUGCUCUGUGAGGAAUUUCGGCGUGAAGCCAUGAUGCGGUUUCACCUUCAGCACCAAAAUAUUGUUUGUUUACUGGGCGUCGUCACCAAAGAGCAGCCCAUGAGCAUGAUAUUCACCUAUUCCAGCCUUGGUGACUUGCACGAGUUUCUGGUGAUGCGCUCCCCCAACUCAGAUGUUGGCAGCUCUGAUGAUGACAAGACAGUCAAAUCGACACUGGAGCAAGCGGAUUUCCUGCACGUUAUCACCCAGAUUGCUGCAGGUAUGGAGUAUCUUUCCAAUCACCAAGUAGUUCAUAAAGACGUCGCUGCCAGAAACAUCCUGGUCUAUGACAAACUCAGCAUCAAGAUCCUGGACCUGGGCUUGUUCAGAGACGUCUACUCGGCUGACUACUACAAUCUCAUGGGCACAAACCCUUUUCCCAUUCGUUGGAUGUCCCCAGAAGCUAUCAUGUAUGGCAAGUUCUCCACAGACUCUGAUAUCUGGUCUUAUGGUGUGUUGUUGUGGGAGACCUUCAGUUACGGUCUGCAGCCAUACUGCGGCUACUCCAACCAGGAUGUGAUUGAGAUGGUGCGCAGUCACCAGCUACUGCCUUGUCCGGAUGACUGCCCCGCUUGGAUUUACACCUUAAUGCUGGAGUGUUGGAGUGAAAUCCCAGCACGAAGGCCACGUUUCAAGGACAUCCACACACGCCUGCGCUCGUGGGAGACCCUGUCCAACUACAACAGCUCUGCUCAGACAUCUGGUGCCAGCAACACCACCCAAACCAGCCUGAGCACUAGUCCUGUUAGCAACAUCAGCAUGAGCACCACCAAUGCCUCACGCUACACCAGCCCAAAGAAGAGCUCGCCAUUCCAUCAGGCCCAGUUCAUGCCCAUGAAGGGUCAGAUACAUCGACCAAUGGUGCCACCACAGCUCUACAUCCCGGUCAAUGGAUACCACCCCAUGCCAGCUUACCCUUACCUGCAGAACUUUUACCCCAUGCAGAUCCCCAUGCCCAUGCCCCACCAGCAAAUACAGCACCCCCCUCAGGUUGUGGCCAAACCUGGUUCUCACCAUAGUGGCAGUGGCUCCACUUCUACAGGCUACGUAACCACCGCGCCUUCCAACACGUCUGGUACAGAGCGAGUUGCUUUGCUAAAUGAGGAUUCCAAGACCAACGAGGAAGAGUUGGUGGACAGGGUGUCCCAGGAAGUGGGUGACCAAAACGAGGACUUGUCAGUGCUUGAAACAGAAUUACUGGGUGACAGUGAUCUCCCUCAGACCGAUGAACUGGUGAUGCAUGUAUCUGACACUUAAGCAGGUUUAUCUUUAAGACAAUCACAGUUGAGCGGAAAUAUUCUGUGAGCUGUGCUUACCCCCCCCCCAAAAAAAUGAAGUGAAGAGAGCAGUUUUGCUCAACAGUGACUGAAUGUUUUUAUGAGUUUCUUUAGUAAUACUGACGAUGCAUUUAGAUAGCAAAUGUGUCUCAGGUCAAAACACCUGUGUGAAACCUUAAAAUUAAGCCUACAGUGCAUCCAGAAAGUAUUCACAGCGCUUCACUUUUUCCACAUUUUGUUAUGUUACAGCCUAAUUCCAAAAUGGAUUAAAUUAUUUUCUUUUUUUUUUUUUUCAAAAUUCUACUCACAACACCCCAUAAUGACAACAUGAUAAGAGUUUUUUGAACUUUUUGCAAAUGAAUUAAAAA